GUCAAGUCAGCGCAGGGGCCGUAGCCGGCAGUGACUCGGACCGGAUUCGCUCGUGUCCCUUUCGAGGCCGGCCUGAGCGGACGCGUCGCUUCCUCUUCGCUUCGCCUUCUGUCUCCUGGGCCGCCGCCGCCGCCGCCCUCGUCCUCCAGUCCUCCACCGCCAUGGCGCUCAGCGAUGCCGACGUCCAGAAGCAGAUCAAGCACAUGAUGGCUUUCAUUGAACAGGAAGCCAAUGAAAAAGCAGAAGAAAUAGAUGCGAAGGCUGAAGAAGAAUUCAACAUUGAGAAAGGUCGUCUUGUUCAGACACAGAGACUGAAGAUCAUGGAGUACUACGAAAAGAAAGAGAAACAAAUCGAACAGCAGAAGAAAAUUCAGAUGUCCAACCUGAUGAAUCAAGCACGGCUGAAGGUCCUCAGAGCGAGAGACGAUUUGAUUGCUGAUCUGCUGAAUGAAGCUAAGCAGAGGCUGUCUAAAGUUGUGAAGGAUACUGCCAGGUACCAAAUGCUGUUGGAUGGGCUGGUUCUACAGGGAUUCUAUCAGUUACUUGAGCCUAGAAUGAUUGUGCGUUGCCGGAAGCAGGACCUUCCCUUAGUUAAGAAUGCAAUCCAGAAGAGCAUCCCAGUCUACAAAGCUGCUACCAAAAAAGAAAUUGACGUUCACAUUGACCAGAAUACAUUUCUGUCGGAAGACAUAGCUGGAGGUGUCGAAAUCUACAACAGUGACAAUAAAAUAAAAGUGUCUAAUACUCUGGAAAGCCGGCUGGAUCUGAUCGCCCAGCAGAUGAUGCCGGAGAUCCGAACGGCACUCUUCGGUGCCAACACCAACAGGAAAUUCUUGGACUAAAAUGCUGUGAAGCAGAGUGGAAUCUCUUCCACUGCCAGAAUGGAGACGCCUGAGCAUCUCUAAUGAAACAGCAGGCAAUCCCCCACCCCCCUUGAAAGUGUACUCAGUGCUAUAUACUGUGUUGCCCUGUGUAAGUUCUUCAGGUAAAUUAUUUCUUGCAUACCUGCUGUGCUUAGCUUGACCAGGAAAGGGGCUGGAAGACCUCUCUCCCUAGAGCCAUGGUGUGCGACGCAAGGAGUCCGCCAUUGGGCUGGCUUAGUACAAGUGGGAGGAUCCCAGUGGUCAGAUGUUGCUUAAACCACUCCCCUUCCAGGUUUGUCAUCAACCCCACGCCGCUUACCCACCGUUCGUCCAUACUUGGUUCAAACAGAGCAUAUAUUUCUCUUGGAUGGCUGCGACGCAUGGUGAUGUGAUCAGCUCCGACCUUUCGUUCUGUAUAUGUGGCUUCAGGAUACAUAUAUAAAUAUAAAAGGCUAGCCCUGUAAUUUCUUUGUUAAAAUAAAAGAGAUGAGUGUUGUUUUUUUUGUCCUCCAUUGCUACAGUACCAGGAGGGGUGCCCA